AUGGUUGCUUCUUUAUUGGCUGCAGAUUAUCCGGGUGAAAUUGCCACGCCAACUCCAAAAGCUCUCAUUCACUUGGUUCAAAGAAGAUAUGGUGUGCAGGUGUCAUACUCUACCGCGUGGAGAGGAAAAAAAGAAGCUGCAGAUGAUGUUCGAGUUACACCAGAGGAAGGUUUUAGGCUUAUGUAUUGGUAUAUGUUCAUGUUAGAAAAGAUGAAUCCUGAUACAGUUUCAUAUGUGGAAGUGGAUGAGGAACAUAAGUUUAAGUACUUGUUCUUCGCACUAGGAGCUUCCAUUGAAGGCUUCCGAGUCAUGAGAAAAGUGAUCAUUUUGGAUGGAACCCACCUUAAGACUGCAUAUGGUGGAGUGCUACUUGUUGCUACAACUCAAGAUCCCGAUCAUCACCAUUAUCCGCUUGCUUUUGGUGUUGUGGAUGGCGAGAAUAAUGAAAGUUGGUUUUGGUUUCUCGAAAAGCUCAAAUCGCUUAUACCAUAUGGACCUGAAAUUGUGUUUGUUUCUGACAGAAACUUCAGUCUCCUCAGGGCAAUAGCAAUGCUCUAUCCAUUGUCUCACCAUGGGCAUUGUAUCUACCAUUUGUCUCAGAAUGUGAAAGGAAAAGUUAUUGGAGUAAACAAAGCAAUAUGUGCCAAAAAGUUCAGGCAAUGUGCUCGGGCUUAUACGGAGGCAGAGUUCUUACAACUUUAUUGUGAUUUUUCGUCAACAUAUCCUUCGGCACGUUUGUAUCUACAUGAGCACACAGAGAUAAAGCACUGGGCUAGAUGUUAUUUUCCUGGAGAAAAAUACAACCUAGACACAAGCAAUGCAGUUGAAUCGAUUAAUGGUGUGCUAGAAAAUGCAAGGAACUACUCACUGUUACAAAUGAUAGAUGCUAUUAUCGAGAAAAUGAUUAAGUGGUUUGCUAAACAUAGAAAAGCUUCUGCAGAAAUAUCAACUGCACAGAAGCUGGUUCCUUUUGUGGAGAAAGAACUUCACAAAACAUGUAAGGAAGCAAAACUGUUGGUGGUGAAUGAGCUAAACUGUUACCGACUUGAAUAUAGUGUGAUAGGUAGUGAUGGUCUACAAUAUGUGGUUAAUUUGAGAAGCAAAACUUGCAGCUGUAAACAAUUUGAUAUAGAAAAAUAUCCAUGUGUGCAUGCAGUAGCAGCUGCAAGAGAAGCAAAGAAGGAAGCAGAUCCUGAGAUACAAUUACAUGACUUGUGCUCAAAAUAUUACUGGAUUGACCUUUGGGUUUUGACGUAUUCAAGGACGAUUUAUCUGGUUCCCAAUAGUUGUCAAUGGAUAGUUCCUGAGGAGACUAUGAAACGGUUAAUCUUGCCUCCGGAUUAUGAUGUUAAACAAGGAAGAAGACAGGAAAAAAGGUACGCAUCUGCUGGAGAAGAUAGAGACAAAGGAGGUAAGAAGAAGUCGAAGAAGUCGAAGAAGCCAACUGGUACGAGUGAGUGGUUGGACAAUGAUGGUGACCAAAAUUGA